AGCUCGCUUGCCCGGGCGAAAGCUUUACACACAGAGGGGGGAGAGUGUGUAGUGCAGUGAGGUGAGUGAGAAUGGGUGGCAAAGCCGCUCUCGUGAUGGCCCUCGUGGCCAUGAGCGUGGUUCUGGAGGCCACGGCGGACGCCGGCUACGGCGGCGGGUACACCCCGACGCCGAAGCCCGCCCCGAAGCCGGAGAAGCCGCCGCACAAGCCGCCGCACCACCACGACAAGCCGCCACCCAAGGAGCACAAGCCGCCGUCCGGCCACAAGCCCCCGGCCUACACUCCGCCCACCUACACCCCGACGCCCAAGCCGACUCCGACUCCACCGACGUACACGCCGACACCGCCAACGUACACCCCUACUCCCAAGCCGACUCCUCCCACAUACACGCCCACUCCUAAGCCGACUCCUCCGACGUACACUCCCACUCCUCCUACCACAUACCCCAAGCCGACGCCGCCAACCUACAAGCCAACGCCUCCUACAUACCCCAAGCCGACGCCGCCAACCUACAAGCCAUCGCCUCCUACAUACCCCAAGCCGACGCCGCCAGCGUACCAGCCCCAGCCGAAGCCAACACCUCCUACGUACCCCAAGCCGACGCCGCCGGCGUACCAGCCGCACCCGAAGCCGACACCUACAUACCCCAAGCCAACUCCUCCAACGUACCCUAAGCCUACUCCGCCAACCUACCCCAAGCCGACUCCUCCAGCGUACCCCAAGCCGACACCGCCAACGUACCAGCCGCACCCGAAGCCAACUCCUACGUACCCCAAGCCGACUCCUCCAACGUACCCCAAGCCGACGCCGCCAACGUACCAGCCGCACCCGAAGCCCACUCCAUCGUACCCCAAGCCGACUCCGCCAGCCUACCCCAAGCCGACUCCUCCAGCGUACCCCAAGCCGACGCCGCCAACGUACCAGCCGCACCCGAAGCCCACUCCAUCGUACCCCAAGCCGACUCCACCAACGUACCCCAAGCCGACUCCACCAGCGUACCCCAAGCCGACGCCGCCAGCGUACCAGCCGCAUCCCAAGCCGAAUCCUCCAGCCUACACUCCCACCCCGAAGCCCACGCCCACGCCGCCGACCUACACUCCGGCGCCGCCAACGUACACCCCGAAGCCGAACCCUCCCUACCACAAGCCGCCGCCGACCUACACCCCCGGCCCGCCGCCGCCGUACUAAGUUGCAUUCCGCCGCCGCGCUCUCCGUCACGUUCCGAGCAGAGAAGGUGACCGACCGAUGGACCAAAGUGUUGUGCGAGAGGCCACAAGACGAGACGCGAGGGGGCUUCGAUCCCUGAGUUGCUGCAUGCAUUGCCAACAAGCUGCUGCUGCUGCUGCGUCGUUUACCUAUAGCUUAGGGCCAAAAUAUGUUGCGAGGAGAAAUAAUGCCUUGAGUUUCAGAUUGCUCCAGUGCUCUCUCCCUUAGAUGGUGUGAUGUGAUGUGUUGUGUUGGUCGACUUUGUACUGUUCGUCCGGUCUAGCCGUGUGGUCCGUGGUAAUUUGUAUGGUAUUGUUGUGUUACGGUAUAACCCCAAAAAUAAACAGCGGAAAUGGAAGUAAAACCUGUUUUCCUUAA